UCCGCCAUAUUGUCUGCUGAAGCUGUCGCUGGAGCUGCUGCCGCUGCCGCCGCCAAGUCUGAGCGAGCGGAGCCGCGAUGGAGACCAUGGCGAGCCCAGGGAAAGACAAUUAUCGAAUGAAGAGCUAUAAGAACAAUGCCCUAAACCCUGAGGAGAUGAGGCGAAGAAGAGAGGAAGAGGGCAUUCAGCUCCGGAAGCAGAAGCGAGAGCAACAACUUUUUAAACGGAGAAAUGUAGAGCUGAUUAAUGAAGAGGCUGCCAUGUUCGAUAGUAUCCUCAUGGACUCCUAUGUGAGCUCCACCACUGGGGUAAGACAGUGCUUGGGAAUUCACUUUCAGUUUGAAGCUGCCUGGGCUCUAACAAACAUUGCCUCUGGAACCUCUCAGCAAACCAAAAUUGUCAUUGACGCAGGGGCCGUCCCCAUCUUUAUAGAGCUGCUUAAUUCAGACUUUGAGGAUGUACAGGAACAGGCAGUCUGGGCACUGGGAAACAUAGCUGGAGACAGCUCUGCUUGCCGAGAUUACGUCUUGAACUGUUCCAUCCUUAAUCCUUUGUUAACACUCCUUACCAAGUCAACACGACUGACAAUGACACGGAACGCAGUCUGGGCCCUGUCAAACCUCUGCCGAGGGAAGAACCCACCCCCAGAGUUUGCAAAGGUCUCUCCUUGUUUGCCGGUACUGUCUCGCCUACUCUUCAGCAGUGAUUCAGACUUGCUGGCAGAUGCUUGCUGGGCCCUCUCUUAUCUGUCUGAUGGCCCAAAUGAGAAGAUCCAGGCGGUCAUAGACUCUGGAGUCUGCCGGAGAUUGGUAGAGCUGCUAAUGCACAAUGAUUAUAAAGUGGCUUCCCCUGCCCUGAGAGCCGUGGGUAACAUCGUCACCGGGGAUGACAUCCAGACCCAGGUAAUUCUAAACUGUUCAGCCCUCCCUUGCCUUCUUCACUUGUUGAGCAGCCCCAAGGAGUCAAUCCGGAAGGAAGCUUGCUGGACCAUUUCAAAUAUCACAGCUGGCAACAGGGCUCAAAUACAGGCUGUUAUAGAUGCAAAUAUCUUCCCUGUAUUGAUCGAAAUCCUUCAGAAAGCAGAGUUCCGUACAAGGAAAGAGGCAGCCUGGGCCAUCACAAAUGCCACAUCAGGAGGAACUCCUGAGCAGAUCAGGUACCUGGUCUCACUGGGCUGCAUCAAACCCCUGUGUGAUUUGCUGACUGUCAUGGAUUCAAAGAUUGUGCAAGUGGCCCUCAACGGACUGGAAAACAUCCUGCGGCUUGGAGAGCAAGAAGGCAAGCGCAGUGGCUCAGGAGUUAAUCCCUAUUGUGGCCUCAUCGAGGAAGCCUAUGGCUUGGAUAAAAUUGAAUUUCUCCAGAGCCACGAGAACCAGGAGAUCUACCAGAAAGCCUUCGACCUCAUUGAGCACUACUUUGGUGUAGAAGAUGAUGAUAGCAGCCUGGCUCCCCAAGUGGAUGAAACACAACAGCAGUUCAUCUUCCAGCAGCCUGAGGCCCCCAUGGAGGGUUUCCAGCUAUAAUAUCUGCCUCCGGGGAGGGGAGGGGAUGGGAAGCACCACCAACCAGCAGAAGAGCAGCCCCUCUGGUGGGCGGGAAACCAGCUGCCCCACCUUCAGCCACCAUACACCUCUGCUGCCCUGGAGACUGUGCUCUUGACCUGCUCCGCCCCCUUCCCUGGAGGGCGUACCCUCUGGACAGACAGAACCAUCUGAGGCUCACAUUUGGGUUUUGUGACAAGAAGGGGACGUGUUGGGUUUUUCUUCCUUACACUAUAUUUUGGCUGCACACAUGUCUUUAACCCGGGAGCCCAGGGGUAGACAAAAGAGGACUAAGGUAAUCAAUUUGCACCUUUUUUUAUUUUUAUUUUUUCCUUUAGCGGUGACUUACUUCCCCUUUAUCUUUUUCAUCCUUCCCAGUCGUCUGCCCUGAUCUGUAUAACUCUUAUCUUGGGUACUUGAGCAGAUGGAAUAUUCCAGAGGUGGGAGGUGGGAGGGGAAGGGAGAAAUCCAAAACAAAGUAUUCUUGCUCUGACAGAAUAUUAAUCUUGUAUGCUUGGAUUGCGUUAUUUAAUUUUUUUUUUUUUUUUGCACAUUUUUCUUGUAUUAAGAUUGCUCUUCCCAAGAGCCAUGAGUUCAUGGUUUAGGAAUCCCAGCUGCCAGCAUUGUCUGGGACUAGGGGCAGAUGGGGAGGCUACCAUGAAAUAGGCCCCUCUCUCCGAGCUCUAACCCCUUGCCCAGAUCUCUUUAGUUUAGGAGAUCCCCCUAACUUUACUAGGGCAAGUAUACCAGUGGGAGUGGAGGGGAGGGAGGAAUAUAGGCCUUCAGACAGGGCUUCCCACAUGUAGCUACUGAUCCCGUGUUUCCUACCCACCUUCCAAAUGGUGCGACCCAACUUCAUUUGUUUACUUGAAAAUUCCCCUCAGGGUUGAACGAACCUCUGAGGUGGCUGUAUUCUCCUAAGCUCAAGACAGGGGCUAUGGUCCUUCCUUUCUCCUGAGGAGAAAGUCCUUGUCCUGGUGACCUAUAAAUUGCAGAGGAGGCUGGAGUGAGAGUGUCAUAUAUUGGGAUAGUCAGGGAUCCUUGCCUUUGGCCUUUCUUCUUCUUCUUCCUCUUCCAUAGUUGGAUCAUGUAUAUUUUACUUCCAAAGGAGAGAAUGUCAAAAAAGUUCUGUAUUUUUUUAUAUUCUAUAUAUUAGGUAGGUCAAUCUUAAUUGGUCUCAAGAGGAAGAACUAUCUGUAAUUUCUGUAAGUAGGAUACCGUGUGGAAGACCAAAAACAAAUGUGGAAGCUCCCUUGCUCAGGCCUGAGUGUGGUCCAUUUCUUUUCUGCUUGGAUUCUGGACCACCACCUGGGACCAACCCUCAACUCUGGAACGUUUAUAAAGCAGGUCACAUGGUCUGAUUGCCCUAGCACCUGAAAGUAGCAGCAAUGUCCUCAGGGCCUAUCCAUGUUGACCACUCUAGUCUUUACUGCUGCAGGAAACCCAGAAAGUAGUUUGUCUUCUCAAAUUCAGUCUCAAUACAUGUAAGUUAUCACACAUGGCUGUGUUUCCUAUUAUCCCAGAAAUUUAGCAGCCUGAAUUCCUUUGUGAGAGCUAUUGAUACCUUCCCUGUUAGGGAUCCUUGUACCUGGUUUCAGUUUUCUCUUCUUGGUGAUAGUUAUAAUCCGGAUGUCUUUUCCUUCUCUUUGAGUAAAGCUAGUGCAGUGCCUAUGCCUCUGGAUGGAUUACAUGUUCUGAUAAAGCUCAGUUGUUGGACAUGGUAGAGGAGGAAGUUGUCAGAUAAGUGCAGACCAACUGUGGCGCUGAAGGCACAAUCUGCCCUACUCCUGCCUCCCCUCUGUGGUGUCCUGCUCCAACCUGAACUUUUCCUCCCCUAGAAACAAUGCCAUUCUGGCUCCCAUUCUUGCACAGUCCCUUCUGGCUCAGGUGAAAUCCAUGCCCCUCUUACAGAUCUAAACUUCAGUGCUUAUUUUGGCCAUUGGUCUUGAAUUUACCCUCUCCUAGUGUUAAAGCUGGACUCCAAAGCCAUUUUCUGAGGAAAUUGGUUUAUGGCGGGCAGCUGUCACUGAAAAAUCACACCAAUGUUGGACUGCUUUGUUUAGUCAUAUGCUCCUCACAGCUUAGGAAAGAUGGCUACCAACCCCCAAUCUCCCAGGGAGUCAGGGAGCAGGACCUUUUUUUCACUUGGCCUUCUACCUCCAUUACAAAACUAUUCUCUUAUAGUUCAAAGAAAAGCUCUAAUCCACCAUCUCCCCAUCAUUCUUAUCCAAAGGGUAGUGCAAUUUAGUAGGAUCUUCUCUGUACAUUUCAGGCAGUAGUUAAAUCCUUGACAUUGGGGCCAAAUUCCCAGUGUAAGACAUACACACCCUACUUUCCCAGCAAUUUCACCAAAAUCUAUUUUGGGUUCAGCUCUAGGUCUUGUACCAGAUGAAAGUUUUUUUUUUUCUUUCUUUCUUUCUUUCUUUUUUGUCAUCUGGCUGCUGUUUAAAGCCAUUUUUCUCUAAGGACUUCAAAGGUUAAAUUCUACUGACGGCACAAUGUGAAGACAGAUUUCUCAGAGAAAAAUUGCCUCUAGGAGCUUUCAUUUAUGUCUUCCCUAGACCAUUUUCCCCCAUUAUCUUCCUCUAACCCCUUUCAACCAACAAAUGAAGUUCUUCCAGCUGACAGAGGCAGUACUAUCAUUUUUUAUACUUCUCUUUAUUGGUCAUUUUUUGAAGCAAAAUAUUUAGGCCAGGCUUCUGAGCCACUCUGCAUGGACAGCCCCCAUCUGGACCCCACACCCUGGCCUAUGUGAGGUCAAAGGCUUUUUGGCAGAUUUCUGUUUAUUGCCUGGACAGAGGGGCUCCCCAGCCAGUUGUAGGGAAUAGCUUGUAAGUUGAGGCAUGCUUUUAGCAUCCUCUUAUGGCUAGUAUAUCCAUUUUAAGAUCUCUGAUGCAGGUGGAGGUAUCUAGGUAUAGAUUAAGAGGGACAAGGAGUCUUUUUCUUAGCUGAUGUAUUCAACUAUUGUUUUGAGCAGUGCCAGCUAUUUUUUAUUGCCAACCCCUCUAGGCAUUUCACCCCCAGUCUUUUCUAGUACUAACAGGUUCUCUGUUCUUAGAAGCCUCCUUUCAGUUCCCAGCCUCCCAGUGGCUACCUGACCUUGAUGUUGGCUGCUACAACCCUCUGACAGAACCACAUGGGUCCCACCCUCAACUGGCCAGUCUAGUUACUUGGGUCAGUGGGCACAAAUGACCCCUCCAAGGAACAGGUGGUUGAUGACAGUCUGGGGGGGACCCUGGGUUUGUUCCUUAUCUAGAAGCUCUAGAUCUACUUUUUCAACUCUCUGCCCUGGAAACCAUCCUUCAGGAGCUCUAUUUUUUUCUUUUCUUUCUUUCUUUUUUUAAGCUGAACUACACAGAUUAUAGCUGCUAUUAUAUUUAGUUAAGAGAGGAAUAGAAGACUCAACACAGACUUUCUAUUUCUCUCAAGCCAAACCAGUUUAAAAAGAAAACUGUAUCAGAAUGAACUGUACUUCCAUUUUCUCAUGUCUACCUGCCUUCCCUCCCCACCCUAGAAUUGUACCUGUUUUUAGCAAACUAAAAGGAAAGAAAGAAGCCUAGCAAUACUAACCUCACCCCACAUCUCCCUCUUUUGAAGGCCCCAGCUUUUUUGUUCAGGCCUUCUCUCCUGUCCCUUCUCUCCUAGACUCACUCACUUUUAUAUCCAUCAUCUUGGGUAUUCUUCAAUAGAUUCAUCUUAUGGACUCAGAUUCUAGAUUCUAAGUUGAAGAUAGGAGGCCAGUUUCUCCAUGUCCCAGCACAUAGUCCAGGGAACCAGUAGGAAGAUCAGGUUGGCUGGGGGUCUCAGGAAUGUUUGUACCUGCCUGCCUCCAUGGCAGCCUGGGGAAGGGCGCAGUGCACAGUGCACCAAGCCAUGGGAAACAUCUUCCAGGUAGUGCUGUCCUGGAAGUUAGUGUGAGACUGAGAGAUUGCUCCAAAUAAAUUUAUUCCACAAUCAUUUAGCACCGCACAUUCUAGACUAGACCAGCCUUUGUCCAGUAUUUUUUCUGUUGUAGCUUUUGCAUUCUUUUGUCAAGCCAACAAGCUGAGAAUUUGGCCCUACUGAUAUCCAUGUGGUAGGCACUAGCUGCUCUUUGGCCAAGGCCUUCAGAAAUAAUUCAGUCAUCCCAUUGUUUAUCCCCUAUCCCCAACCCCAGAUUAAGACCAUUGCAAGGGAAGAAUCUGAGAUUAAGACCAACCAAAUCUCUUAAUUAAAGCUGUUAAUUUUCCUCUGAGAGGGCAUUUUUUUGCAGACAUAAAGCUGGCUAUGAGAGUUAGAAGAGGCAGCAUUAAAUUUGGGGCCCAGAACACUAUGGGAGAAAGGUUUGUAUAGUGUAUUUCAGUGGGCUUGGACCUAUCUAUCUUCUUCUGGACCAGCCUGACUUCUGAUGUCCCCAUUAGCACAUUACCUGCUCUCCUAUAACAAUAUGCCAUGCCCUAAGCAGUGAAGGAAGUAAGCGCAGAGAUCCUAACACUGGCUAGGAACCUCUGAUGCAGAGGAUGUCCUUAAAGAGUUCACAUCUACAUGAACCUUCAUACUCUGGAGUUGGGUAACGACUUUUUAAGCCAGCUUUGUGGGAGCUGCCUUAGAUUGACCUAUUCAAGGAGGAAAGGGUAUAUGGGGUCCCAGCCACACCACAGACCAAAUGUCCUGUAAGAACAGCUUGGGUUUCCAGUUCUGGACCCUAGGAAGGUGAAUUAAAUCCUCCUCCCCAGUUUUUCUUUCCAAAUUAAUUUGCUUUUAUUUUUCUAACAACUAUAAACUCUGGCUAUUUUCCAUGUUCUCAGGGCCCCUGGGUAGACAGACAAAGUUUGAUGAUUUCAGAGCAGACAUAGGCCAAGAAACAGUGACAUUGAGUGUGCUGAGUCCAGACAAAUGAUAUUUAUAUACACAUCCAAAUUUGAAGAGAAAAUGUAUUUCUUUAGGUUUGAAACACUGUAAUAGAUAUAAAGCAAAAAUAAAAACAUGUUGCAAAGUU